UCAACGACCAAAGAAUCACGUCCAGCUUGUGUCACCAUCGAUGCAUCGACCUUACAUGAACAAAGAGUAUUGUUUUGAAUGAGUAACGCUACCAGGAGUCAUCGAAUCGCGAAUUCGUUUGCCGGAGGAUGCUGGCAAACAGGCCGUGUAUGCUGUUGCCGGUACGGCCUCUAUCCUCUCUUGGUAGCGUCCUUUUUGACAACAGGUGCUUUGUUAUCUCUGUACAAUGCAGCCGGCUGUGAUUUUGUUGAUAUUCAGGUCGGUUUCACACCAUCCAAUAGCGCAUGGAACCAAAGUCAAGCAAGUCUUGGAAUAUGGUACUACCAAACAGACGCUCCGAGCAAUUACAGCACUUAUCGCGAAAAACUGCAGGAAGGAUGUCAACGGUAUACGCAAGCUUUUGAAGAGUCCUUUGUCGACGGCGAUCGCACGUGGAUAGUUGCCAGAGUCAUGGCCACGAUUUCGGCUUGUUGCAGCAUCGUGGCUACCCUGACGAGUUGGCUUUUCUGCUUUUCCACAUUACCACUGUCAUUCUGGUCGUGCGUGCUCUUGCCAACAUCAAUGGUAGCUUUCAUUGCGGAAGUCUCCAAGUUUAUUCUCUUCGAUAUUUCAUUGUGUCGCAGCUCCCUCUGGUUUCCAAGUGGUGUCGAUUCGUUACCUCAAGCAGCCGAGUCGUGUUCUUUAGGUAAAACUGCGAAUUCUGCGGUUGCGUCUGGGUCUAUACUUUUGGUUGGCUUUGCAAUGGUAUGUCUUAAAAUUCCGCGCAAGCGAGUCUUGGAUCCCCAAUACGCUGGGCAACAUGUCACGGAUGCGGGACUUGACUGGGACCGCAAUGGAUCGCCGCAAAAGUCUAUCAAUACCGAUGCGGACAAGAAGUAUAAGGACUUUUCCAAUGAGCUACUGGACACGAGUCAAAACCUGUCGGAAACAUCAUUCGAUGCGGAAGAGUCCAUUCCAAGCUCAGGUGGAUGUAGCAAUCAAGAUUCCUCGAUACACAAAUGUGGCCAAAGUCAAAACGAUUGCCCCAGUGAUGAAAAAUCUGCGACAGACGACUUUGUCAUUUUCGGUACGCAACGCGUCUCGGAAAGUCGAGUAGCGAAAUUGUCGAAGAUGACAGCAACAGCUAAUAUGCAAUCCGAAGACUUGAUAAAUAAAUUUGUGCAGGAGUUCGAUGAAGCUUUCCAGGAAUCAGACGAGUCUUAA